UGCGGGGCUGCGGGCUCGGCGCCCCGGGUGGCGGGCGCGUGGCCGCCGAUGCAGGCGCCUCAGCCGGCAGUGAUCUCGGGAGUUCCGAGCCAGAUGAGGGCGGCUAGAACUUGAGGAUGGGGGUGUUGGUAACACCAGGACAGAAGCAGCUGCAGGGCCCAGCGCCACCUGGGGAGAAGUGACGGCACCAUUGGAACACCUGCUGGCCCCGGGGCCGACCAGCGAGCCAGGGUGGCACGGGUUGGUCCCAGGAGCCAGCAUGGAAGGAUGAUGUCUCCAGAGGCCCCGGCCUCCGUCCUGCCCGGGCACUAGGAGCCGUCCCCGGGGCUCCGGCCGGGAGCCCUGCCGCCCGGGGGCAUGGCCAAACCUCUCUUCCGCUUCCAGAAGUUUCUCCGCAGAACGCAGUUCCUGCUCUUCUUCCUCACGGCCGCCUACUUGAUGACCGGCAGCCUGCUGCUGCUGCAGCGGGCCCGAGUGGCCCUCGCCCCCGGCCCCCGGGCCCCCGGCCCCCUCCAGGCCUUGCCCGUGGCCGCCGUGGCCCUGGGUGUGGGCCUGCUGGACAGCAGAGCCCUGCACGCCCCCCGUGUCAACCCCGAACUGCUGCUCGACGUGGACGUGCUGCGGCGCCCCCUGGCCCGGCCUCCGCCUGGGUUCCGCUGGCCGCAGAGGAGCCGCAGCCCAGAACUGCGCCAGCUGCGGCGCCGCUGGUUCCACCGCUUCCUGAGUGACCCCCAGGGGCCACCUGCCGCGGGCCCCGAGGACCCCAGGCCCGCCGCCCGCAGCCAAGGCGUCUACAUUGGGUGCUUCCGCGAUGCCGGCCAGGAGAGAACGCUGAAGGGGGUGGUGUUCUAUGACCUGAGGAAGAUGACCGUCGCCCACUGCCAGGAUGCGUGUGCUGAGCGAUCCUACAUCUAUGCCGGCCUGGAGGCCGGAGCCGAGUGCUACUGUGGGAACCGGCUCCCAGCGACACGCGUCGGGCUGGACGAGUGCAACCAGGAGUGCAAAGGGGAGAAGGGCACGGCGUGCGGGGCCGUGGGCCGGCUCUCCGUGUACCGGGUGGAAGACCUGCAGCCGGGCUCCCGGAAGCGGCGGACUGCCACCUACCGCGGGUGCUUCCGAGUGCCGGACAACGUCACCCACGCCUUCCCCGACUCCCUGCUGCAGACCAACAUGACCCUGGAGACGUGCUCCGGAUUUUGUUCUCAGAAAGAGUUCCCCUUGGCCAUCCUCAGGGGCUGGGAGUGCUACUGCGCCUACCCCACCCCCCAGUUCAACCUGCGGGAGGCUGUGGACAGCUCACGGUGUGCGCAGAGGCUGGCGGAUUACUGCGAGGUCUACCAGACGCCCGUGCAAGACACUCGGUGCACAGACAGGCGGUUCCUGCCCACCAAGUCCAAGGUCUUCGUGGCUUUGUCGAGCUUUCCUGGGGCCGGGAACACGUGGGCAAGGCACCUCAUCGAGCAUGCCACUGGCUUCUACACGGGGAGCUACUACUUCGACGGAACCCUCUACAACAAAGGGUUCAAGGGCGAGAAGGACCACUGGCGGAGCCGGCGCACCAUCUGUGUGAAGACACACGAGAGCGGCAGGAGGGAGAUCGAGAUGUUCGACUCGGCCAUCCUGCUCAUCCGGAACCCCUACAGGUCCCUGGUGGCUGAAUUCAACAGGAAGUGCGCCGGGCACCUGGGCUACGCACCUGACCGCAACUGGAAGAGCAAAGAGUGGCCGGACUUCGUGAACAGCUAUGCGUCCUGGUGGUCCUCGCACGUGCUGGACUGGCUCAAGUACGGGAAGCGGCUGCUGGUGGUGCACUACGAGGAGCUGCGGCGCAGCCUGGUGCCCACGCUGCGGGAGAUGGUGGCCUUCCUCAACGUGUCGGUGAGCGAGGAGCGGCUGCUCUGCGUCGAGAACAACAAGGAGGGCAGCUUCCGGCGCCACGGCCGGCGCCCGCACGACCCCGAGCCCUUCACCCCGGAGAUGAAGGACUUGAUCAACGGCUACAUCCGGACCGUGGACCAGGCCCUGCGUGACCACAACUGGGCCGGGCUGCCCAGGGAGUACGUGCCCAGAUGAUAGGCCCGCCCCGCGCCGCAGGGCUGUGCACCUGCUCUGACGGACGCCCAGGCCCGCGGCCUCCCUGGGACACAGGGCCUGCAGGACACAGAUGGACACCCCUAGCCGCCAUGCCAUGCUCACGUGCUGGUCUGGGCACACCCAAGCCACCUCUGCAGGGUGUGCCGGACAUGUCUGGCCUUGCACACAGGGCCAGACACGGACCUGGGCCCUCAGAGGGCAGGGCCGUGUUCCGGAGGUCGCUGCCUGUCUCGUGCAGAUACGUGCGUGUGGUCCAGGCAUCCUGUGUCCAGCCCUGGCGUGGACUUGCUCGUCGGGGAGGGGGGCGACUCUGGGGCGGUUUUCAUGGCCUGGUCAGCCGGGGUACAAGUGGCCCUGCCCGCGUGUCUGAUGCCCCAUAAACCUGUGUGCCUCACAGCAGGCACCGCAGA